AGGCUGGGACAUUAGACUCAGAAGCCAGUGCCAAAGCUGAACGAAGCCUGGAGGCAAACUCCAAGGCGGAGGUGGGGAAACUGAGUCCCAGAGAGAAGUCUGGUCAUGUCCAGGCCUAAAGGAAGUCCUCAGGAAAAACCCAGAUCUCUGAGAAGAAAUGCCUGCCAGGCAGCAUUGGGUCAGAUGGAAGUCCCAGUCCUGAGGCCAUGGGACUUGCCGCAGAAUCUCAGAUGGAUGUACAGCGGAGCUCCUGCAGUCAGAAGUUGGCAGGGUGUGAAGCUGCUGAUAAAGGUGGCAUGUGAGUUUGAGCUUAGAGAACGAGCUGUGGCCUGGGAAAGUACAUUUCUGGAUCUGGGGACAGCUGUCCUAAGCUUCACCCUGGCCGCACCAACCUUGGCUUUCUAGAUCCCUAGCUGCCUCAGAGAGAAGGGGCCAGGUUUGCUUCUUAUGGAAAAAAGGGGGUGUAGGGGAGGCACCAGAAAGGGGCCGUAACCUGCCUGACUUCACCUAGUGAGUCAGUGACAGGGCCUUGUCUUCCAGCCCAAGGGCCUGUACUCCCUUCUGACCUUGAGGGUGGGUCAAUGCUGUGCAAAGUUCUGUUUUGGAGGAGGGGGAGCAAGCCUGGAGGAGCUCACACUUUUGGGCACAAGGACCUAGGUCUAGUGGGCCUAGUCAUACUUCCUGCUUCCCCUCUCUCCUAUUCUGGCAGGUCCGCAGGCCUUCCUCAAAACUGUAAGACCAUGACCUUCCAAUUCUUGGGAACACUAGGAACAUGUCUGAACAUUGUGGGGGUCUGGCCUCUCCCUCUUGUGUUUUGGAUUGGGGAAGGGGUGGAGGAGGCUUCCUUCCUGCUUCCUGCCUAUCCCAUGUAGUUACCAUUUUGCGAAUGUUAAAACCAUUUCCGCUUCUCCUCUGAACUCUGGUUCCAUAGGUCCUUCUGCCUUCUGGACACUUGCCUGGGUGGCUCCUGGAACUCCAAAAUGCUUCUUCAGGGUCACCAGCUGAGAGAUGGUUGUGUUCAGCCAGGCCAGCAAAGAGUUGAAAUUCACAAGCUGCGUCAAGGUGAGAAUUUAAUACUGGGCUUCAGCAUUGGAGGUGGAAUUGACCAGGAUCCCUCACAGAAUCCUUUCUCAGAAGACAAGACAGAUAAGGGCAUUUAUGUCACACGGGUAUCUGAAGGAGGCCCUGCUGAAAUUGCUGGGCUGCAGAUUGGAGACAAGAUUAUGCAGGUGAAUGGCUGGGACAUGACCAUGGUCACGCACGACCAAGCCCGGAAGCGGCUCACCAAGCGCUCGGAGGAGGUGGUGCGUCUGCUGGUGACGCGGCAGUCGCUGCAGAAGGCAGUGCAGCAGUCCAUGCUGUCCUAGCAGCCUGCUGCGGUCCCUGACUUGUGCCUGCCUGCCUGCAUUGACGCCACCACGCUCUGUUUGCCCCUCAUCUUGGCUUCUGAUGUGUGCUGGGCCCCAGCUCCGAAAGGCCAGAGCUGGUCCCAGAGGCCUGUCCCUGGCCUGACUCAGCCUUCCUUCCCCUCUCCCACCACUGGCCUGAGCGUCUGGGACCAGCUCUCUCCUGCAGACACUGAUGGAAAGUAAGGGCCUGGAGUUGAAUUGUAUUCAGUCUGUAGUGACCACAGGUUUGGCCCACAGACUCUGCUGCUGCAUGGCCUCAGCAGUGACCAGAUGGGCAGAGGCCCUACUUCAUGAGAGCCACCACAAAGUUGGGAGGAUGCCAGGUGGGGCUGGCCUUUCCCACACUCAGUCCCAACUGUAGGGCUUGGCCUUGUCCCUGUGUCUCAGCUCUGCAGUGACUGUGCCCCAUGUUUUUCCCUGCCUUCCCCAGCAGGGACUCGACACACUACCAGAGGUGCUACAGAGGUUUGCCCAUGUGGAAGCCAGGCAGGCUCACAGUUCACCCCAUUGCACCCCAUUUCCCUGAGGGGCGCUGACCUCCCCAGGGUUCACCUGCUUACGAGACUUAGACGAAAUUCAAGGCUGACUUCAGGGCAGUUCUGAGGAUUGCCAUCUCUAUGCCUGUGCGUUUAACUUUAUAUUUUUUUAAUCACAACUUUGAUACAAAAGCAUUUUUAUCUUACUGUUUGGAGGUGCCAAUUCUACUUCUGAAUUUAGCUUACUAAUUCACAUCUGGGAACAAGCAUUGCUCUGGUUCCUGUGGAAAUGGGGCAGUAUGAAGCUGCCCAUACCUGACAUCUUGUGCCCAAAUAAAGUGCUGGAAUUCAUAA